AUGGGCCAACUCGGCUUAACCAUUUGGGCCGCCCCACCGCUACGCGAAGAAUUGAGGAAGCUUUGGGGCCUAAACCACACCGUCAACCCAAUGCUAAUUGCGGCUACCGGCCAGCCCCUUGAGCAAAGCAGCGUGGACGCAAAAUACUUUGAACGCAUCAAAUCCUCCUGGGAUGUCGAGUUCCAGAAACGUUUCCCGGUGCCGCCAAAUCCGGAUUCCGUUUUGACGUUGCUUGGAAAGAAGAAGCCAUUUUAUGAAGAUGGCCAAGAAAACAGCAGUGUGGGACUAACUUCCGGUUUCUCGAGUGAAGCUCCGGAACAAAGUGAUGAUACUGUACGCACUGAGGCUGUCACAGAGGAAACAGCCCGGAUACACGGAUACAUCAAUCGGCUAACUAUCGACUUCCGGGACUCGUUCCCCAAAAACAACUUCAAAGAUGACGUCAAGGCAACGACAGAAUCUUCCUCACAAGUUGACCUUGCCCUCAUCAAUUCGGCUCGCCAUAGCAAUGACAUAGUCAAAGCCUAUAAGAAAAACAGGAAGCUUUUCAAGGCUUUGCACAGGGCCCUGAACAGCCCAAACUAUAAAUUGGACCAACAACGUGAUGCCGGCUGGUCGACUAAAAAUUACGAAAGUUAUGUCACAUCUGGAUCAACGGUGGACACAACUUUAGCACCGGUUGCUACAACUAGACAAAAGCUUGCUCCACCCACGGCAAAGAAGCCGAAAUCUCCGGAAGAUGAUCCUGAUCCGGAACUUUUGACGAAGGACCAACCGGAUGUUGGAAGAAACCGGGAUUUGGCUACGGUAGCCCUCGACAAAGUUACAACGCCCGACCCCUAUCGGUAUAUUGAACAGGACGCCGCCGUAUCGGCGGAUCCAGGAACAUGGCAGCGAAAUUCCGGAUACAUACCGAAUACAAAAAAGCACGCUAGCGAGAUCACCGAUAUGCUAUAUCUAACGCGAGAAAUUGUUCAACAACUGGCUGCCGAUUCUACCGUGGCACCAGAGCAAUCAAAUGGAGAUUGUGAUCGUAACCCUCGUUGUUGCAAAAUCGAGCGUACGAUAUGCCCCGACGGAACACCAGUUUAUUAUAUAAAACGUUAUUAUAGACCGAUUGGUUCUCCGGUUUGCAUGCCCUACGAUUAUCCGGCUUGCGACCCAGCCGUCGAGCGCAACGAGCGCCCGAUUGUUUUCGAGCAAAAUUGCCAAGAUCUGUGCUUUGACAGCCCGCACCGACAUAUUGAUCCUUUAUACCAAUUAACCGCCCAA